AUUAAGAAUUAGUAAAAAUUUCUGGAGCUACAGGUUUGGGAAGCAGGUGGUGAGAGGCAAACUGAGAAGGCUGAACUCUCUGCAAAGUGUCUGACUCCCUGCCUUGAUGUGUUGGGAUGGGCUGGCUGCAACCUGAGACCAGCCUAAAAAUAGUCUCCUGCCUGGCAGAGGAAUGACCUUCUGGGACUUUGUCCGGCUUGGGUGGGCAGGCACCUGGAGCCACGUCAAUGCCCCCUGGCAGGUACCCAGCAGCCAGGGGGUCAUGCGCACACACGCACACACAGAGGGUGAACAUCAAGCAAGGGGAACGGCUGCUGGGGGGCUUGGCUGGGCCCUACGGGACUGGUAAGAUCACGAGUCCUAGGCGAGGGGCUCGGAUGGAAUAGGGCUGCAAGAAUCCAGGAGACGAGUGUGAGAGCAACCUAAGUUCUCUGGUGCCCAAGAAGCCAUGCAGAAAAACCUGGGAGAAAGCAACCGGAGUCGGGCCAAUGAAGAGUCUGGGGGGACAGGAGGACGAGGCCUGGGGAGAGCCCCACCAAGCCCGGCCAUCCCUCCAAAGAGAGCCAAAGUCACAGCGGAACAAGAAGGGCCUGCUGAGGCCCCAGUGUUCUUGCAGGAACUGAAGGAUGUAGCGGUGAGCAUUGGCCACGAUGCCCUGCUGAAGGUGGUUGUCAUCGGGAACCCUCGGCCACACCUGAGCUGGUACAAGGAGAAUGUACUGAUUGACCCCACCAAGGAGAAAGACAAGGAAGAGGAGGAUGAGGAUGAAUAUGGCUGCCUUCGGAUCUGCAACAGUAAAGUGGAUGAUGCUGGGAUCUACAGGUGUGUGGCUAAGAACCGCCAUGGUGAGGCAGCCAGCAGUGCCACAGUGACAGUCACAGACAUGGAAGACUCGGAGACGGGAGAAGAUGAUGCCAGCAGCACACAGGUGACCCAACGCAGCCAGCUCCAGGAUGAGACAACCUAUAGCUCCCCUACAGGGGAGUCGGACACACUGGUGGACGCGUCCAUGAAGACCACUCCGACCUCAGUGCCAGGCCUGUCCCAGACAGAUGAGCACUCCAGUUGGUCAGGGAGCCAGACCACGGUGUUGGAGAAGGAUCCAGAGGCCGGCCCCACGGUGAGGGGACCCUACCUGCACCCCAGCAUUCCAAGGCAAGCACCUGCCGAGGCCCGGCACCUGGGGGUGGAGCCGCUGGUACGGGCAUCACGGGCGGAGCUGAUUGGCGUGGCCCCGGGGUCCGAGGACAGCCUGUCUCUGGGGAGCGACCCCUACGGCAGCGCCUUCAGCCUGUACCGGGGCCGUGCCCUCUCCCUGCACGUCAGCCUUCCCCAUGGUGGAUACCGGAGGGAUGAAGCCAACAGCAGCAGCAAAACCAGCACAGAUACCCUCCACCCACCUGCACAGAAACCUCCUCUUCAUCGCCCAGUGUCCCCUCGAGCAGGGCAGUGCCCAGUCCAGCCACCGGGAACCAGCCGGGGCCCCACACCACCUGUAGCUCCUCGCAGAAAGCUGCUGAUGCCCCCUGAAUUUUCAGAUACAACAUCAGAAGAAUUUGAUGAAAAGCUGAAGCGCUCCAAAUCAUCAGUCUACUCUCAGGCCGGCACAGGAGACUCACGGCCCCAGACCCCACUAAGCGAAGCCUCCAGCCGCGUGUCUGUCCUCCGCCCAUCACCCAAACUGCCACGGUCAGGUUCCAAGAUCUUUGACAAGCUCAAGUUCUUUGAGGAGCGGCGGAAAAGCCUGGAGCAGAAUGAGAACCCCUUUGCAGGCCACACAUGGCUGCCCUUACGCAAGACCCGCUCCUUUGACCAGCCUGGCUUGGAUGAUGCCAGCCCCUUCCUCUCUGCUGCCUCACAUGAGGACCUCCAAGAUGACAUCCACUCGGAAGUGGGUGGUGUGGCGUUCCGGCGCCAGGCCUUCCACCAGAAGGCAGCUUCCUUGGAUGAGCGUGGCCGCUUCUCCAAUCGUGUGUAUGACGUGGAGCAUAAAUUCACAGAGGAACUUGGCCGCAUUAAGCGCACGGUGUCCCAGCAGCAGCUGCGCCGAUCCCAAGAAUUGUUCAGGUCUCCUUCUCCAUGUGCUUCUGCUGAGCCACCUGCCCCCAAGGUUCCACCACCACGGAAACUCAAGCCGCUCAAGGCUUUGCCACAUGUGGAGAAUACUCAUGGUGUGCAGCAGUUGGUGUUGUCUAGUGUGGGGCUAGUAGGAGCCAGAGAUGAGUCCAAGGGGACACAAAAGUCUCUGUUGAAGAGUGGAGCCAUUGCAGAGCAGGCAGCUGAACAGAGCAGAAGUCAGAAGGAGAGUGAGAUGAAUGGACAGGACCUGAGGCGGAAGGUGGAACAGUUCCCACUGUCCCAUGCGGCCCCAUUAGGAAAAAGGGACCUACUGAGGUCUUCAGAUGGGAACGAGUGUGUGGAUGGAGGCUCUCUAAAGAUGUCAAAAGGGACUCAUGAGGCAAAGGGUUUGGGUGAAGUUCUGCCUACAUGGAAACGGGAGUCUGGCCAAGAAGAUGGACAUUCCCUGGCCUGGGGUAGGACAGAACCCGGCACAGAUAGAGGCAGGUCAGGGACCCAUGCUGAGAGAAAGACUGGAAGAGUUGCAGAGAAAAAGGACAAUGCUCUGCAGUCUCAGGAAGGAAAGAGCGCACGGAGCAGGGGCAAAGGCCGACGGACCCGACGGACAUCUCCUGAACCAGAAUCUUCUGAUGAUUCCUACAUCUCAGCAGGCGAGGACCCACUGGAGGCCCCCAUCUUUGAGAUCCCUAUCCAGGAUGCCACAAUCAUAGCUGGAACUGAGGUGCUGUUCAAAUGUAUCAUCACAGGCAAUCCUUCCCCAGAAGUGUCAUGGCGAAAAGAUGGCGUUCCCUUUCGGAGCAGCACCAACCGACCUAUCAAAGCAGAGGGAGAACGCCACACCCUGCUGGUCAGGAAUGUCCGUGUGGCUGAUGCCGGCCUUUACACCGUCUGUGCCACCAACGAGGUGGGCGAAGCCUGCUGUAGUGCCAUCUUGAAUGUGCGGCCCGCUCCCCCAGAGAGCCACAGCCGAUUAAUGCCUCACCACGAGCUCACCAGCCCUGUCACAUCCGACGAAGAGUAUUUGAGUCCCUUGGAAGAGUUCCCGGAGUGCAGCACCCCUCGGCAUGAACCUGUCAUGAAAGUGCAGCCCCGGUCUGAAAUUGCCCCAACUCCUGCACACGUAGGCAUCAACUUCAAAGCUGCACCAUCCUUUGAGGUGACACUGAAUGACCAAGUAGUACUGGAAGGACAGGAUGUGGUCCUGCGCAUUCGGGUGCAAGGGGAACCCAAACCAAUUGUACACUGGCUGAAAAACAGGCAUCCGGUCAAGUAUGGACGACACAUUUCUGCUGUGGAAGAAGAGGAUGGCACUUUUUGCCUACAUAUUCACAUGGCAGAGUGCACAGAUGCUGGCUAUUAUGCCUGCAAGGCCAUCAACGAGUAUGGAACCAAGCAGUGUGAAGCCAAGCUCGAUAUACAAGUGCACCCUGAGACCCAGUCCCUGGCCGUGCUGGCCCCCCUGCAGGACGUGGUGGUGGGGGCUGGGGAUGCAGCUAUCUUCGAGUGCCUGGUGACGGGCCCACCUGAUGUGGAUGUGGACUGGCUGUGGCGGGGGCGCCUGCUCCAGCCUGCCCUGCUUCAGUGCAAGAUGCAUUUCGACGGGCGCAAGUGCAAGCUGCUGCUUACCUCUGUGCAUGAGGAUGACAGUGGUGUCUACACAUGCAAGCUAAGCACAGCCAAAGAUGAGCUGACAUGCAGUGCCAAGCUGACGGUCGGGCCUUCACGGCAGCCACUCUUCACCCGCAAACUUGAGUCCGUGGCUGUAGUGGAAGGACGUGCAGCACGGUUUGACUGCAAGAUCAGUGGGGACCCGCCACCAACCACUGCCUGGACACGAUUUGGUCAGUCUGUGCAAGAGGGGGAAACAGUACGUGUCUACAAGGAUGGAGGGCUGCACUCCCUGGUCCUCCUUCACGUGAGAUCUGAGGAUGAGGGACAGUAUGGUGUGACUGCCCACAACAAGCACGGCAGAGCGGAGUGUACUGCAGACCUGUAUGUGGAGGAGCCACGUCCAGCAGCCAGCUCCCAGAUCUCCAAGCUGGAGAAGAUGCCCUCCAUCCCCGAGGAGCCAGAGCAAGGGGAGAGUGAAGUGGAACGGUUCACCAUGCCAGACUUCUUGCGGCCAUUGCAUGACCUGGAUGUGGUGGAAUCCAAGGAGGCCAUCCUAGAGUGCCAAGUAGCUGGGCUGCCCUACCCCGCCAUCACCUGGUUCCACAAUGGCUGGCGCAUUGAGAGCACCGAUGAUCGCAGGAUGAUGCAGUACAAAGAUGUGCACCGCUUGGUCUUCCCCUCUGUCAGUCAUGUUCAUGCUGGAGUCUAUAAAAGUGUCAUUGCCAACAAAGUGGGUAAAGCCACCUGCUAUGCACACCUCUAUGUCACAGAUGUGGUGCCCACACCCCCUGAUGGGCCACCUUCCAUAGUUUCUGUCACUGGCCGGGCUGUCACACUGAAGUGGAACAAGCCCAAGUGGCUUGAUUCGGCCAUUGACCCUGCCACUGUGACCUAUACCCUCCAGCAACAGGUCCUGGGUACCAGCCACUGGACAGUUUUUGCCACGGGUGUGCGUCACACAACCUACACUGUUCUUGCUCUGAAAAAGGGGAUCCGGUAUAUGUUUCGUGUACUCACAACAACAGCCAAAACCAACAGCAAGCCCUCUCCAUCCUCUGAGCCUGUGCAGCUCCUUGACCGUGGUCCUUACUUGGAAGAGGCCCCCAUAAUCCUGGACAAACCAGAUGUGAUGUAUGCGGUAGAGGGCCAAUCAGCCUGUAUUACAGUAACCCUCAAUCACGUAGAGGUUGCUGUUACCUGGAGGAGGUCUGGUGUGGUCUUGAAGGAUGGUGAUCCCAACUGGGAGAUGAGCAUGCCUGAUGAUGACCAACACUCUAUACGAUUUGUCCGAGUGGGUAGGGGGGAUGUGGGGGAAAUGACCUGUGAGGUGAGCAACCAGCAUGGAUAUGACCACUGCUUCAUCAACUUGGAACUAGCAGAGGCACCCCGCUUUGAAUCAAUCAUGGAAGACAUUGAAGUUGGUGUGGGUGAGACCCCACAGUUUGCUGUAGUUGUAGAGGGAAAACCCCUUCCAGACAUCAUGUGGUACAAGGAUGAGGUGCUCCUGACUGAAAGCAACCACCUGAGUUUUGUGUAUGAGGAAAGUGAAUGCUCACUAGUGAUACUGAACACCACAGAGCAAGACAGUGGGGUUUACACAUGUAUUGCACGCAACGUGGCUGGAGAAGUGUCUUGCAAAGCUGAGCUUGUAGUUCGUGCAGCUGUAGCAGAUGCGGAUGCUGCACGGGCAGAGGAAGAGUCCCACACAGCCCGCCGCCUGGCUGACUAUUAUGAUGUCCAUGAGGAGAUCAACAGGGGAGCCUUUUCGUAUGUGCGACGCGUGACCCAGAAGAGUUCCGGUUUGGCCUUUGCUGCCAAGUUCAUCCCAUGCCGUGCCAAAGCCAAGAAAUCAGCACGCCGUGAACUUGGCAUCCUAGCUCAGCUUGACCAUGAACGUGUUGUCUACUUCCAUGAUGCCUUUGAGAAAAGAAAUGCCCUCAUCAUUGUCAUGGAGCUCUGCACUGGAGAUGAACUACUGGAACGUAUAGCAAGGAAGUCUUCCGUGAACGAAUCCGAAAUACGCUCCUACAUGCGGCAGGUCCUAGAGGGAAUCAACUACCUUCAUCAUCAUGGAAUCUUACAUCUUGAUAUUAAGCCAGAAAACCUGCUGUUGGCCGAACCAGGCAGUGAUCAGGUGAGAAUCUGUGAUUUUGGCAAUGCCCAGGAGCUGACUCCAGAUGAGCCCCAGUACUGCAAAUAUGGCACCCCUGAAUUCGUGGGCCCCGAGAUCAUCAGCCAGAGUCCUGUCUCCGGUGUCACCGAUGUCUGGCCACUGGGAGUCAUCACAUAUCUAUGUCUCACAGGGAUCUCCCCAUUUGUGGGUGAGAAUGACAAGACAACACUCAUGAAUAUCCGCAACUACAAUGUGGCUUUUGAGGAGAGUAUGUUCACAGGAUUGACAAGAGAGGCAAAAGGCUUUGUCAUCAAAGUGUUAGUGAAUGAUCGCCUGAGGCCCAAUGCAGAGCAGACUCUGGAGCAUCCCUGGUUCAAGACCCUGGCAAAAGGGAAGAGUAUUAGUACGGAUCAUCUCAAGCUCUUCAUAUCUCGUAGGAAGUGGCAGCGCUCUCAGAUUAGCUACAAGUGCAACAUGGUGCCGCGCUCAAUUCCUGAGCUUCUAGAGGACACAUCCAGCCACUUGUCUAUUGCUGUGCCGCGCCUUCUCAAGGCGACAUCAGUGCUGUCCUCCUCUUCAGAUUCUGAUGACCCCGAAGAGUUGCCCUACAUUCCUAUGCCCCAUCAGCCUGAAUUUUCUGGUUCCCGCAUGUCUCUCACUGAGAUCCCAACCGAUGAUGAGCCCACGGGUCCAAACGGAGCUCCAGUGGAUGAGGAGGGUAUGUCCAUGGAGUGGCAGGAAGAGGGGCAAGGGGCCUCAGUGAAUCACAAGAAGAAGGAAGAAGGGGAGCCAGGAGUUAGGAGACAGAAGGGCAUAUUGCCACGAAAGCGUUCCACAGAGUUUGAGGAGCCUGGCUCUUCUGAUGAGGAAGGUCAUCGUGAGGCUCAGAAAAGGCCAGAAAAAAGGAGAGCACUGAAGAAAGGAUCUAGCUUGGACUCCCCGGGAGUUUCUGAAAGGGCCUCACGCAAGGGGGAGCUGCGUCGUGGGAGCUCUGCAGAUAGCGCCCUCUUGCUGAACCUCCCCUCAGAUGAGGCAGAACCUCCCUUCCAUAAAAGCCUGACCAAGGCAGCAUCCAUGGAGUUGCCUCGCCGUAGCCCUAGCCCAGGUACACUGUACCAUCGGAAAGUGUUACCUGAGGAGGAAUAUACCCAGCGCCUAGAGGUCAUGCGUCAGCGCUUGCUACGGGGCAGCCCUGUGGAUGGCAAAUUGAGUGGUCUGCGGGGACCCUUGCUGGAAACACUUGGCCUCGAGAAGAAGGUGUUGAGACCUCCCCGCCUGGAGAAGCAGCUGUCCCCUGGACAUAAGAUGGUGCGAGCAGCUUCCAGUGAGACAGCUCCCUAUCACCUUCCCCCUGAGGGGCGCCUCCUUCAGAAGAGCAGCUCUUUCAGCCAGGGUGAUGGGGAACCUGUCAUCUUGCAUCGACGCUCUGGAGAACCCCUAGAAAUCCCAAUGGCACAAGGUCAAAGAUUAAGGGAGACACCUUCCCUUUCAGCUCUGAAUGACUCAAGGCCUCACACUCCGCACACCCCACAGGAGGUCCCCUCCAACCCCUCCACCCCUGAGCUAGAUGCAGGAACAAAGCCCAUCACCAGGUCUAGCAUCAGGAAACCUGGCCCAAGAGGAUCUGAAGACAAGCUGGUGACCAGAUUGGCCAAACCUGACACCUCACAAGUUGCAAAAGCCAUAGGCUCCUCAAGGGGGUCAAAACAACUCAUGCCAACUUCACCUGACUCUGGUACCUCAGCACCCAAGCGUUCUGCCUAUGCUGAUGUCAUGCUUUCCCUGGCUGGUGAAUCAGCCCAAGUCCCUCAGAGGGAUGCAACAGAGCCUUCUAUCACUGCCUCAGAAAGUAUGUCUCAGAUCUCAGCAGCUGAAACACAAUCGCAAAAUGCAGCCGAUCCCAAGAUAGCAGCACAGAAGCCUGGCAAAGAACCUACCAACACAGUUCACUCUUCCAGUUCUGAGCACAUCCAGGAUAUUGAUUCUGAAGAAGUGUUUGAGGCCAAGUUCAAAAGAGGGAGGGAAGGUUCCCUCAGCAGGGGACGUAAGCUGCUUUCCAGGUCUGAGGAGAGGCAUCUGACUGGGCCUCUGGGGAGGGAAGAUUCCAUAUAUCGACCAAGUCCAGCAGGUGCCCCUCUAGAGCUGUCCAAGGCUGGGAUAUCUCGACGGGCACAUUCAGUGCAGGACCUGCAUGAGGUGGAGAAGGAAGGUGGUUUCAUCCGCAGAAUGUCAAUGCGACUCCGCCGCACACCCCCCACUGAGAGGAGGAAAGCCAAGGAGGAUGAAACAGGAGGAACUGCCCAAGGUCGGCGAUUUUCAUGGGGUUUGGCUUCCAAGGACAAAAGGGAUUCAGACAGCCAGAAGUCAGAGCCUGGCUCCGGUGAGUCACCAGUUAUGGCUGUACGCAAAAAGAUUGGCAACACCAUGGGGCGCCUCUCCACCCACCUUCGCAGCCAGUCACAGCAACACUCUGAUGAAGACCAUACGGCCGCUACUGGUGACAAUAUCAGGCAACCUGAGAAAAGAGCUCCUUUCCUUUCUCAACUGCGCCGUGCAACUUCUGAGGGUGAAAGCCUACGCCAGGUGGGCAUCCCACAGAACCAGCUGGCAGCCCAGUCUGCUAACGUCCCCUCCACAGAGUCCUUCCAGUCUGAGACAUCCACAGGCAAUGUUUCUGGUGAUGUUCAUCGACGAAGUUCUCGCUGGGAACGCUGGAGCUUGUCCCGAGCCAAGAAAGACAAGGUUGCAUCACAGCCCAACAUUCCUGCCAGCCUGAGAGGAGAAGGUGUCGUCAUUGUGAGUCAGCCCUAUGUCCUCAGCGAGUCAGACUUUCCUCCAGUUUUCCACAUAAAAUUGAAGGACCAGGUAUUGCUGGAAGGAGAUGCAGUGCAACUUUGCUGUCUUCCCGCAGCCAGCCCUGCCCCUCAUAUUUUGUGGAUGAAAGAUAAACAUGCACUGAUAUCAGAAGGAGUUCUCAACAUUGUAGCAUGCAAGGAUGGCCGCCAGCUGCUCACCAUCUCUAAAGUUUCCAGGAAAGAUGCAGGCUUGUAUGAAUGCAAUGCCACAAAUGCCCUGGGUACUGCCACCAGUUCCUGCACCAUUGCUGUGGCACGACUUCCUGGGAGACCAGGCACUCCAGAAAUCCCCCAGAAGUAUAGGAACACCGUUCUGGUCCUCUGGAGACCAGCGGAUAGCCAGGCAUCUUGCACAUACACACUGGAAUGCAAGACGGAUGGAGAGCAUGAGUGGAAAGUAGUCAGCUUCGGCAUCGCUGAUUGCUACUUCAACGCAAAGGAUCUGCCAGUGGGGAGCAGCAUCAAGUUCCGCGUUGCCUGUGUCAACAAGGCUGGACAAGGUCCUUACAGCAAUCCCUCAGGGAAGGUGUUAAUUGAAAGUGCAGAACCCAAAGCUGGCAAAAAGAGUACAACUGCACCAGAGAAACUCACUUCUACCAAAUCCUCGCAGGCCCUUUUGAACCAGUCUCCCCAGACAGAGCUGAAAAGCACUGGUCCUCUUCCAGCCACCCCUCCCAGGAAGCAGAAGGGGCCAGGUUUGCCUGUGGGAGUACAGGGGGCACCUGCCCCACCAGUGACUCAGGCCAGCGAGGGGAAAGCAAAGCUCCCAAUCACAGCCCUGGUUCCAUCCAACAAAGACACCCCUGCAUCUGAGGGUCCAGCCUCCUCUGAGCCAACAUCAAAGCCUUCCAGGACAGCAUCUUCCCUCAGUACCCACAGUGGGUCAUCCAUCUCCACCCUCUCACCUGCUCCAACAUCCUCUGCCAGCUCUCCCACUUCCAAGUUCUCUCCUAUCUCUCCUGCAUCACCAGUUCCAGUGGCAGACUCACCAGUAACUGUCUCUCCAAGAGCUGUCCCAUAUGUGGCCACCUCUUUCGUCUCAAUCCCAACAAGAGUUCCCACCACCCCAGAAGGUGGACCCAGUCCUCCAGUCACCCCAAGCAUGGAAGAGGUGCCUUCUCAACCACGCUUCUUGAGCCGGAGUGUUACCCCUGGCAGGGACACUGGUAGUACUGCCCAGAGCAGACUAUCCUCAGCUGCCAAAGAUGACUCCUCCUUGCGCCAAGGUGUCCCUCAAAAACCCUACACCUUCUUGGAUGAGAAAGCAAGGGGGCGAUUUGGAGUGAUCCGGGAGUGUAAGGAGAAUGCCACAGGCAAGCGUUUUAUGGCCAAGAUUGUGCCCUAUGAUACAGAAGGCAAGCAGAGUGUCUUGCAGGAAUAUGAGAUCCUGAAGGGGCUGCAUCAUGAGCGUAUCAUGGCACUACAUGAAGCCUACAUCACACCUCGAUAUCUGGUGUUGAUAGCUGAAAACUGCACUGGGAAGGAAAUCCUCUACCACUUGGUUGAAAGGUUCCGAUACUCAGAGGAUGAUGUGGUAGGAUAUGUAAUACAGAUCUUCCAAGGGCUGGAUUAUUUGCAUGGACGGCGCAUUAUCCACCUUGACCUGAAGCCUGAUAACAUCAUUGUCUCCACCCCAAAUUCCAUAAAAAUAAUUGACUUUGGCAGUGCCCAGACUUACAAUCCAUUGGUGUUGCGCCAACUAGGGCGUCGGGUUGGCACGCUGGAGUACAUGGCUCCUGAAAUGGUGAAGGGAGAUCCCAUUGGCUCAGCGGCUGACAUCUGGGGCGUGGGAGUGCUUACAUACAUCAUGCUCAGUGGUCGCUCACCUUUCCUUGAAGCGGAUCCCUUAGAGGCUGAAAGCCGAAUUUUGGCAGCCCGUUAUGAUGCCUUCAAGCUAUACCCCAAUGUCUCCCAAAGUGCUGCACUCUUCAUCCGCAAAGUACUCUGUGCCCAUCCAUGGAGCCGUCCCACUCUCAAGGACUGCUUUGCCAACCCUUGGCUUCAGGAUGCCUACCUGAUGAAGCUGCGGCGCCAGACCCUCACUUUCACCACGAGUCGCCUGAAAGAGUUCUUGGUGGAGCACCAGCGUCGGCGCAGCGAGGUGGCCACCAAGCACAAGGUCUUACUGCGCUCCUACCACGGCGCCAGCAGCCACAUGCCCUAGCCGCCUGCCCUGCCGGAGGAGCCACAGAACAUUCCAGCAGGGGGCGAGAUGGGCCAAGCACCGUCCACCCAGCCAGGGUGAGAUCGGUUGAUAUACCUCAUGGUUCAAGAAGAGUCGUCAGCACUGACCGCUGUGUUCUUCACUCUGCCCAGCCAAUGCCUGGCUUCGAGGAGAGUGAGACAGUGCCUGAUGACAGAAAAGGGCAGACCGACAAGAAUUACCAACUCUGGGGGUUGGGUUCAUACAAGAGGCCUUGAAGCAGUGCCAAGGUCAAGGCCAAGGCCUUGAUUUUUCCUCCUCAAAAUAACUCCUCCCUCGGGUCUUCCAUGGGCCUCUUCUUCAUUGUGCCUAAAAGUGUUGCAUUUUGAUGCAACCAAUCCCUUUUGUUAACUAACAGCAUACCCUAAACAUGCCUGGUGUGAGGUGUGAGACAUCUUUUCCCUUUUUUAACCCAGCAGUUUGAGCUGGGAGAAUAAAAAGAGGAGUCAACCCCAGAGUCUUGUGAUGGAGAAACCUAGCAGCACCUGACAAUCCACCACAGGGUUAGACUGGUUCUUCACUGCCAUGAGUUUUUGCGUUCCUCAAGGCAGGGCCUGGGGUAUAGGCUGGGCGGAUAUGCACUGAAGACAAAGCUCAAAUAUUGGAAACCAGGCAAAAACAAGGAAUAGCAAAACUAGAGGGAGGUGAAGAGGUGCUGGCCAUGUUCCUGGAUUUCCUGCCCAAUUUCCUCUCCCUACAUAGGAGUCCAGGAGAAGCUAACAAUAUAAGGCCAGCAGUUCUUCAAUGUUUGCAUCUGACCCAUGUACAAUCCUUUCCUGCAGCCUUCCUUGCAUUUUUGCACAUGCUUUCCUAACAUGAAUGCACACAAUAAUGUCCUUUCUUAUCCUUCAGAACUGGUGCAAAAAAAACACACAGCUUCUUGAUUUGUGUAUGUGCUCCAGAUACACCCUCCUCAUCUGCAUAAUACCCUGCUCUCUUUUCUGAGCUUCUUUGCUUCACCCUAUCUUGGGAUCAUGCAAGAUGAGUCCCAUACAAAGAAAUUCAGAGCUUCUAGAGCAGGCAUUGGCAAACUUGGGCCCUCCAGGUGGUUUGGACUUCAACUCUCACAAUUCCUAACAGCCAGUAGGCUGUUAGGAAUUGUGGGAGUUGAAGUCCAAACCACCUGGAGUGUCCAAGUUUGCCCAUGCCUGCUCUAUAGUCUAGACCUACACACCUUCCUCCUUUGCAGUUAGGCACCAGAGUUUGGAAAUGUUACUUUUUGGUCUAAUGCUCCCAGCUUGGCCAAUGGUCAUGGCAACUGGAAGAGAAUUCUAGUAGUGGCAGUCCAAAAAUGUAACUUUGUCCUGAUGUAUUAGGCAUACACUUGGCCUUCCUAGCACAUAUAUUAUUCCUCAGUUGGUGGGCUAAUUUUACUAUUGAGAGGAAAAUUGAAUGAACCCUGUAGUUUUCAUCUUAGCUUUUCUAUUGCUUAGCCUUGGUCUGCUGAUGGGAGUUAGUUGUACCUCUGCUCUGAAACAAGUGCAUUAAUUGGGCUCCUGAAGUGCUUAAACCACCUCAGCAGCCCAAGUAAUGAUUUCUUUUCUUUUUUUUUUCAUGAGACUUAGGACAAAAGCUGGAGACUUUCUCCUUUUGUUAUGUAGCCCAGACAAGCAGUGCCCAUUAAAGGUGAGGCAGGGCUGAAAACACAGGAAGCUUUUCUGAAAAUCUGUAUAUUGUUACAGCUAUAGGCACUCAGUUAGGAAACAGAUACUUUGGUAAACUAGGGGAAUAUUAGAAAGUGCUAUCUUUUCAGCAGAGAACCAAGGCUUUGGCCAGGGUUCAAAACCUACAGCAUGAAUGCAGCUAUUCUGCUCUAUCUUGGUUGUGGGAAUCCAUGAUUCCAGUUCCCAAUCUCUGUCCCCCUUUCUCCACCACCCAAUAUUUCUGGAUUGUGGGGAUGCUAGUUUCCCUCUGGCAAGAGCAAGCAGAACAUCCUGGGCUACUUCCAGACUGACCUUACCACAAAUAAAUUAUUGCUGUUCUACAGUAA